UUGACUGCUGCAUUGUUUAUUUCUUUUCUACGUACACACGUGUUUCAUUUCUGUUUAGCUCACAGACAUGUCCUGAAAAUGAAAGUGAAAGUAUUAAGUCGGAAUCCAGACAAUUACAUUCGUGAAACGAAAAGAGACAUUCACAAAGUUCCACGGAACUAUGAUCCAAGCCUUCACCCAUUUGAGGCCCCGCGAGAGUACAUCAGGGCUCUAAAUGCGACGAAAUUGGAAAGGGUGUUUGCCAAACCAUUCUUGGGCUCCCUAGACGGACACAAGGAUGGGGUCAACUGUCUCGCCAAGCAUCCUAAUAAACUUUCAACCCUGUUAUCAGGAUCAUAUGAUGGGGAGGUGAAGGUAUGGGACCUGUCCCGACGUCAAUGUAUCUCCACUGUUCAGGCCCACCAUGGCUUCGUCCAGGGUCUGUGUGCCGUACCUGAUGGUUCAUCCUUCCUUACAUGUGGAACGGACAAGAUAGUGAAGCAGUGGGGAAUGAAUGAUGAAGGGGAGAUUAAUCCAGUACCACUUGUAACCAUUCUUGGAAAGACCGUAUUCCAGCAGAUAGACCACAGCCACGGAGGCAGCACAUUUGCCACAUGUGGGGAACAGGUGGACAUUUGGGAGGUGGACCGUGCUGAGCCUGUACGAACAUUCACCUGGGGAGUGGACAGUGUACAUGCUGUCAAGUUUAACCCUAUAGAGACAAACCUGCUGGCGGGUUGUGCUGUGGACCGUAGUAUUCUGCUGUACGAUAUGCGAGGAUCAGCACCAUUAAGAAAGGUGAUCCUGAAGCUGAAGUCAAAUGCUCUGGCCUGGAACCCUAUGGAGGCCUUCAUGUUCACUGUGGCAAAUGAGGAUUACAACCUGUAUACAUUUGACAUGAGGAAGCUGAGCAUGCCCUUAAAUAUCCACAAGGACCACAUAUCUGCAGUCAUGGAUGUGGACUAUGCGCCGACUGGAAAAGAGUUUGUCUCAGCAAGUUUUGACAAGACCAUACGCAUAUUUCCUGUAGACAAGGGAAGAAGCAGAGAGGUUUACCACACAAAGCGUAUGCAGCGUGUGUCCGUGGUGCGGUGGUCGCUAGACAAUAAGUACCUGCUGUCAGGGUCCAUGGAAAUGAACAUACGUGUGUGGAAGGCUCGGGCUUCGGAGAAAAUCGGCAUUCUGAGACCUCGUGAGAAGACGGCCUUUAACUAUAACGAGAAGCUGAAGGAAAAGUUCGCUAGUCAUCCACAGGUGCGCAGAAUCGCCCGACAUCGACAUGUGCCCAAGAUGAUCUACAACGGCCAGAAGGAGCUCAGGCAGAUUAAAUCAUCACAGAAAAGAAAGCUGGCCAAUAGGAGAGCACAUAGCAAGCCCGGGUCUGUUCCAUUUGUACCAGAAGGGAAAACCAGGGUGCUGGCGGAGAAAGAAUGAUCACUUUUGUCACAAUGUUUCACCUGAACUGUUCUUAUUAAUUUCAUUGCAUAGUGUUUUUCAUCACAAGCGAGUUGAUUUUGCAAUCCGGUGCGGAAAUUAUCUAUUCAGUCUAAACUGAAAUCAGUUUUUGAACGAUUUGCACUUAACACCAGACAGUAGUAACUUGAUUUUGCAAAUAGAACUAUGAGCUGUGUAAUAAAGUAUAUGUAAAAGAUUUUAUUAAGUGAUUCAACUGAAGAUUUUGAAUGUAUUUUGCCUUACUCGUGUACAACAUGAACUAAUCCUCAAUUUAUGGUAAUGCUUUUUAAAGAAGUCAGUGCAAGUUGUGUCUUCUGUGUCAGUACCUGACAUUUCCGCAGCUGAGCCACUCUGGUGAAGUAACUUAUACGCACACACAUACCAUACAUAAGUAUGUCUUCCUAAAAUUAAUUGAAACUUUAUUUUUCCUUAAUGUAUGAAUAAAUUUCGAUUUAACUUCGUGAUUUAAAUGAUGUCAUUAACAUGAUGUUAUAUGAAAGAAAAGAAUGUUGGCUGAUGGGAUAACACGGGUGGUUUUGCUAGGUAACCUUGUUUUUGUUUGGAUAAACUGUUUGAAGUCAAGAGAUUCUGCAAAUAUUCUCCAAUUAUCUCUAAAAUAGUCUGGUUACAUCACCAAAAGAUCCAAGUAUGCAAGCAUAUUAGGCACCCUGUUUUCAAGUCGAUUCGAAUGCAUGUGACAGAUUAGUUGUGUCUUUGUCACAUUAAAGCUGUAUCAAUUAAAAUUUCAUUUGAGCAAUUUUGUUUUUACUAUAUCAUGUGUGUACAUAGUUAAUAAAAUAAAAAAAUGCCA